AUGGCCUUUGUUCAGUCGGAUCUGGGGGACGCCCUGCCACUGGUUGCUUCAGGCAAAGUCCGUGAAUUGUACAAUGUUGACUCAAAAUCUUUACUCUUCAUUGCUUCAGAUCGUAUAUCUGCCUACGAUGUGGUCAUGAAAAAUGGUGUUCCAGACAAGGGGGUCAUUCUCACUCUCAUCACAGCACAUUGGUUUGAAUAUCUGCAGCGAGCGCUCCCAGAUCUAAAGACUCAUUUCAUAUCUUUGGACUUGCCUUCGAGCGUGCCAAAUGAUAAGGCCGCUGAACUCAAAGGACGAAGUAUGCACGUAAGGAAGUUGAAAGUGUUUCCUGUCGAGGCAAUCGUCAGAGGGUACAUCACAGGCACGGCAUGGUCAUCGUAUCAGAAAACGGGUGAGGUAAACGGAAAGAAGCUUGCUGAGGGCCUGCAAGAGUCACAGGAGCUACCAGAGCCCAUGUACACUCCGAGUACGAAAGCUGAGCUUGGCCAGCACGACGAAAAUAUCUCGACCGAGGAAGCCGCGAAGAUUGUGGGAGACAAAUACGCAAAGCGAAUCGAAGAGCUGGCGCUCAGCAUUUACAAGACCGCCAGGGACUACGCGAGAGAAAAGGGUAUCAUCAUCGCUGACACCAAGUUUGAGUUCGGCCUGGACGAAGAGACAGAUGAAGUCGUCCUUGUUGACGAGGUGCUCACCCCUGAUAGCUCGAGGUUCUGGUCAAAAUCUAGCUACAAGGUCGGACAAGGGCAGGAUAGUUUUGAUAAACAGUUCCUGCGCGAUUGGUUGACGAGGAACGGGCUGAAGGGCAAGGAGGGUGUCUCGAUGCCAGAAGAUGUAGUCUAUGGUACCCGUUCGAAGUACGCAGAGGCGUUCAAGAUUCUCACGGGCAAGUCAUUAGAAGAUGCACUACAGAGCCUGCGGUAG